AUGGCCACCACCACGAAUGGCACUUCGACCCCGCCAGCUGCACUUUCUGCCCCACAGAACAUCAACGACGCCGCACCCUCAGACACCUCCGCCCAUAAGCGAAAGCGCGAGGACGAGGGCAAUACGACAUCGGCACGUAAAAGGCAGACACAACGCGAUAUCCUGGAGUUGUUGCAGCAACAUGACACCACACCGUCGUUCCUCGACCACAACCUCAGUCAUGUCACAUCAGGCAGUGAGCGAUCGCCGAAGAAGGCACGUUUAUCAGAUGCGGGAAACCAAAUCACGAUAGCCUCCAAAUUGAGUGCUGGCAUCUACGAUAGCCUAUCGGGUCUCAAGCUAGACGCAAAUGGUGUAACGCAGGGCAUUGAGAGUGCGCUUCGUGCCAAGACUCGAGAUGGCGAGGGCAAAGAAGGUGCACGCUUACCUGUCGAGGAUCUCAAGCAGAUACAGCGUGCCAAAGCCUUGGAGCAAUUGAUCACAGAUGUGGUUGACAAGGAGCUACAGCAUGGAGCGAUGGCAGGUAUCAAGAAGGAGGCGAGCAGCAUGGUCAACGGCCACGUAUCGCCGGCUCCCGGUGCGGGCGGACGUGCGGGAACGGUUCUGACGCUGUUUGGGAAUGCGCCUACUCCCAAGCAGCUGUUCUCUUCCAUGCAGAAUGGUACCCAUCAAGAUCAUAUGGUCAAGACUGAGCUGCCUGUAGAGGAGAUGAGUCUACCGAAUGGCUUGACUGCGACCAAGAUCGCUCCAGCGCCGGCGGAUGAUGGCAGAAAAGGACCCACAUUCGAAGACUCUUUCGCGCCUCCUUACAGUCUCGCCACUCUGAACCCACCGAAGGUGACCAAGCGCUCGUCCACACGCGAUAAUGCCACGUUAUACUGGGAGUUCAAGGACGCACAUCGUGCUUCGCGCAAAGGUGGCUACACUGUGCAAGCGAUGACCACGGGAGACUGGCUGGGUUACGGUGGCUUGGGUACAGCAGAUAGCGAGACUUCACGACAGAAGCGAAAACAACGUGAUAGAGCUUUGAGCAGUGGCGCUGAAAGUGCCAAGGAGGUGCCCAGUCUGCUCUCACCCGAAGAGCAGCAGGCUCGAGAAGAGGAAGCUUUAUUUCGGAGAGCUUACUCAAGCUUCGCGCCUUCGCAUGACAACUCUAGGUCGCUUGUACCAGCGGAGACAAGAAGUAUGCUAUGGUGGCAUGAGGUCGGUGCGCAGCGGUAUCGAGAAACUUUUGCCGUCGACCCUGCUUUGCUUGAUGAAGGCGACGCAGCGAAUGGCCAGGCUGAGAGUAGCUUGGUAGUAGCAGAGACGGAAGACGCCGAUUUUGGCAAGGUCAUCGACGAGCUUGAGGAAUUAGAUGUGGACAUGGCAGACGUCCAGCAGGUCACGUCAAAAUCAGACGUCGAGCAUGUUCUGCUAGAGAUAUCUGAGCUACUUGAGACUCUUGCCUCUCACCAACGGAUACGAAAUGCCACUCUCGCGACGUCGACAUCCUCGUCACGAACGCCGAUAAGUCCAGCGCCUGUGCUCGCAUCACGAAUUGGCAAGCCAGACGAGCCUGCGGAGGACGAAUUGGCUGUCUAUCAUUCACUUCGGCGAGAGCUUGCUUAUCUUGUGCUCAAGCUCCCGCCAUAUGCUGUCGCGAAGCUGGACGGUGAUCAGUUAUCCGAGCUCGGUAUCAGCACUGUCAUCCCUAUCAAGACCAAAAAUAUUCGAGGCACGAUGGAAGAGGAUCAAGUCGCCCGGCUUGCAAAGCAUAACGCGGCUGCUACUGCGGCAGGGAUUGCGACUCUGACAAGAAGCAAUUCUUCUACUUCUGGUCAGCACUACAACACGACCGCGCAGCGUACGCCAGCCAUUGGAUCAGCAGCAAACACUCGCUAUGGUCAGUCCGCGCAGUACACAAGCUCACGGACGCCAGCACCAAAUACACAAUAUCAGCGUACGACGAGCAGCCAGGCACAGUACAGCACACCUACCGGUGCAGCAUCCACUGCCACCCGGACCUACAACGGGCAACCGGUUCAGUACUCUCGCCCUGGUGCACCACGGAUCUAUAGCCAAACCAACGACACGACCCGGCAGCAAUACUACCAACACCAACAAGCACGACCUGAACAAACCUCCUCAGGCCAGUAUUAUGGCACACAACAACCCACCCGCCCAGCAUACAACCCAACACCUUCUCAACCACACUACGCUUCACGACCCCCCUCAGCGACAACCAGCAGCAACACCGCCCUCGCCGCCUUCCACAACAGCAGCAGCAAACCCAUCUCCAACCAACCCGUCCGCACCUCCUCGCCCGCAAACGUCCAACCAAGACCGGUGUAUCCGGCUCAGUACCCUCAGCAACAACAACAACAACAACAACAACAACAACUGCAACAGCAAGGUCAGGGUCCCACGUCCGGGCGAGCAACACCGACAUAUCCCUCCGGGCCACAGACGCCAGUGAAUGGUUUUGCACGCCCGCCUCCGCCGCAGCCUCAGCAGGGUCUCGUGCCUAGAGGGCAGAGCGCGACGCCGGGGGCUAAUGGGGUUGUUUGA